AUGUCGUAUAUUAAUCAACGAAAACAUGGUUUAAAUUUUCCCAAAAUUAAACGACUUAAUCAUCAUGCUAAUCAUCAUUGUGAAAAAAGAAUAGGAAACCAUCAUCUUGCGUUGAACAUUUUUGAGACAGCAUCAAACUAUAUAAAAUUUUUUGAUUAUCCACUGCCUGAUUUACUUGUUGAUCAUUCAACUGAUCCAUUGCAAAAUACAGCUCGAUCAUAUAUCGAUACAUCAAUGAAUAAUUCAAGUGAAGGUCGUUUUAAAAAUCAUGAUAUGAUUGUACGCCGAAACGGUGAAACAACGAUACUCCGGCCAAAACAAGAUUUAGUCCUUGUCAACGGCUUUACACCAGUUGUACGACCUUCAUCUAUAUUACCGUCAUAUCAACCUAUAAUGUCUCAUUCUCAAGUAGGCCCAUCUUUGGCAAUUAUGAAUAAAAUGUCAAUAAAGAAACGUGAACAAACAUCUAUAAUUAAAACCAAACGAAAGAAUCGGCAUCAACGAAAUCGUUCCAAUGAGAAAUUUAUUGAAAAAAAUAAAUUUCAACAUGACACUUUUUCAAAAAAUGAUUUUGGCCAUCAUAUUACACAUGAAUCAAAUUUUAUUCAUUUAGUUACACAAGCUAUACAUGAGAUUAUGGAAGAGAAAGUAUCUCAACCAGUACCUCUUAUGUCAAUUCUUCCUGAAUUUCCAAAUCCAUAUUCAAAUUAUGAAAACCAAUCAUUUAUACCACGUUUCGAAGAGAUACCUAUUAUUCAACCAAUAAAUCACUCAUCAUAUGCUAAUCAACAACAGUAUAUUCCAUCAUUAUUUUCAAUACCAAUUAAUAGAUAUGAUGAUUCAUCUUGCAAUGUUCUUCCAGAACAAAAUCGCCCACUGAAUUCUAUUUCUCUACAUCAUGAACAUAUUUGCUUCACUUCAUCAACGUCUCAUCAACAAAAUUAUGCUCAUAUGUCUGACUAUUUUUUUUAA